CAAAGCCAUGCGAGGACACCAAAACUCCACCGGAAGUUAGGAAGACUCCUUUCGGCGCCGGGAAAACGGAGAGUGGGAUUUUCCCAGUCCUUCGAUUACAUCCUGGUUUCUUCUGCUCUGGCCACCUCUGGGAAGAAAUGUCUUCUAUAAAGGCAAAUCCAAAGAAGGAAGUAAUUUCCCAGUUUCACUGUUCAGCUGCUGAAGGGGACAUUACCAAGUUAACAGCAAUACUCAGUCAUUCUCCAUCUCUUCUCAAUGAAACUUCUGAAAAUGGCUGGACUGCCUUAAUGUAUGCUGCAAGGAACGGGCACCCAGAUGUUGUUCAGCUUCUGCUUGAGAAAGGGUGUGACAGGUCCAUUGUCAAUAAAUCAAGGCAGACUGCACUGGAUAUUGCUAAAUUUUGGGGCUAUAAGCAUAUAGCUAAUUUAUUAGCUAAUGCUAAAGGUGGGAAGAAGCCUUGGUUCCUAACCAAUGAAGUGGAAGAAUGUGAAAAUUAUUUUAGCAGGACACUACUGGAUCGAAAGAGUGAAAAAAGAAAUAAUUCUGACUGGCUACUAACUAAAGAAAGCCAUCCAGCCACAGUUUAUAUCCUUUUCUCAGAUUUAAGUCCCUUGGUUACUCUAGGUGGCAAUAAAGAAAGUUUCCAACAGCCUGAAGUCAGGCUUUGUCAGCUGAACCACACAGAUAUAAAGGAUUAUUUGGCCCAGCCUGAGAAGAUCACCUUGAUUUUCCUUGGAGUAGAACUUGAAAUAAAAAAAGAGUUACUGAAUUAUGCUGGGGAAGUCCCAAAAGAUGAGGAAGAUGGGUUGGUGGCCUGGUUUGCUCUAGGUAUUGAUCCAGUUGCUGCUGAAGAAUUUAAGCAAAGACAUGAAAAUUGUUAUUUCCUUCAUCCUCCAAUGCCGGCACUUCUACAACUAAAAGAAAAAGAAGCUGGGGUUGUUGCUCAAGCAAGAUCUGUUCUUGCCUGGCACAGUCGAUAUAAGUUCUGCCCAACCUGUGGAAGUGCAACUAGAAUUGAAGAAGGCGGCUAUAAAAGAGUAUGUUUGAAGGAAGACUGUCCUAGCCUCCAUGGCGUUCACAACACAUCAUAUCCAAGAGUUGAUCCGGUAGUAAUCAUGCAAGUUAUUCAUCCAGAUGGGACCAAGUGUCUUUUAGGCAGGCAGAAAAGAUUUCCCCCAGACAUGUUUACUUGCCUUGCUGGAUUUAUUGAACCUGGGGAAACAAUAGAAGAUGCUGUUCGAAGAGAAGUAGAAGAGGAAAGUGGAGUCAAAGUUGGCCACGUUCAGUAUGUCUCUUGUCAACCAUGGCCAAUGCCCUCCUCCUUAAUGAUUGGUUGCUUAGCUGUGGCAGUGUCUACAGAAAUUAAAGUUGACAAGAAUGAAAUAGAGGACGCCCGCUGGUUCACUAGAGAACAGGUCAUAGAUGUUCUGACCAAAGGGAAGCAACAGGCAUUCUUUGUGCCACCAAGCCGAGCUAUUGCACAUCAGUUAAUCAAACACUGGAUAGGAAUGAACGCUAAUCUUUAAAUUAAAGAAUCAGGCUUUGUUUAAGUAUUAUUUGAUGUUUAACUAUCACUUAUUCCUCAAGUGAGGUAAAAAUAACAGGGCUUUUAGAAUGGCACAACACAAAAUACUAUGUUGGGUCUAUAAAAUAGUUUCUUUCCAUCUUAAAUACAAAGUUCAUAUUUAUAUAAAUUCACCCUCAUGUCAGGUUUUGUUAAAUUUGAGUCAGCCUUCUCAAAAAAAAAAAAAAUUUUUUUUUGUCUUUUUGGUUGUGCUUCACACUUUUGUCUCAUAAAACCAUAUUUCUAAUAAGAGAAAUCAUGUUUGAAGAAGUAUGUUCUAAAAAUGUGAAUAAGUCUAAAUUUCAGUCAGUUUUCCUAGUGUCACUUGUAAGCAUUAGACCAGUCAUUCAAGUUCUUUAGUUGAGAAAUGAACCAAAAUAAUUUCAAUGAAUUUAGAGCUUGCAUUGAUUUUAAAUCUUUUCAUUACCAUGGAAGUCCUUUAAGUUGCCACUAGCUGAUUUUUGCUCAUCUUCCCAUCACAGCCCCACUUACCCUUUCCUCCUGGUUCCUUUGUUCUAGUAAUGGUGUUGUUACAGUGUUGCUAGUAGUAUAAUUUGACCAGUAUUAAGAAUAUUGUUUUAACAAAUAAGUCUAAUGAGCUCAGAAUACUGCACCCUCAUGCAGGAAGAGCUUAAGUGAGAGUAUGCCAUUGUGUCUGAGGCUGCCUCCUUAAGGCUAAAAUUAAUUAGCUUAUCUGUUUACUUGUAAAUUAUAUUCAAAGCUGUUCUGAAAACAAAUUAAGAGUCUCUGUUUUUUCACUGAAAUGAAACCUAUUUGAAAGGACUUCUCAAAGGUCAGAUACUAAAUAAAUUCCAGAUAGAUUUACAUAUUUAAUAAGAACACUGGUUUUUGGUCAUUUUGUAGAAAGAAUGUAUCUACAUUAGCAAAAGUUAUAUAGUCAUUACAAACGCUAGUUAUUAUUCUGAAAUACAGUGUCUUGGUUUUGAUCUUAUUUCAGCACAUUCUAAGAAGCUUUUAUAAAAUAAGCAUAUUUUAGAACUCAAUCACUAAGACUCUAAAAUUCGCAAUUUUGCAACAUAGAAACUGUCACAUUUUCCAAAGCUUUUUUUGAAAUUAUUUUAAAAGGUACCUUGCAAAUGUACAAAUUUUAUAGUUUGACUCUAUACUGUUGUAUGUUAGAACUGGAAGAGACCUUAAGAAUAAUACAUGUAGUUCGUGGUCCUCAUUUUAUAGAUGAGGAAAGGAAGUCUGAAAAGUGAAUUUUGUUAAUUGGCAAAUGUAACACAGCUAACUAAUUACAAUAGUCUGUACUGUAUAAGCCAGUCCAAGAGACUCCCUGUAAUAGGAACUAGAAACUAUUACUGAGAACAUAUGUAAAAUAAAAGGGAAUAAGAAGAAUAAAUUUAACUUACCAAAUUUUAUUAAUUAAAAUUUAGGUUAAAAUUUAUGUAAUUUAAGAUAACUUUCUAAGAUAAACUUUAUAUUACUAAUGAACAGUGAUUGUUGAUAUCAGGACUUUAAACCAAACUAAGACUUAACACAGGACAUUUAGAUGCUCAGUGUAGUUUGAACUACUUAAGUAUAUAGAAGAAACCCUGGUGGCAUAGUGAGUAAGUACUACGGCUGCUGACCAAUAGGUCAGUAGCUUGAAUCCGCCAGGUGAUCUUUGGAAACUCUAUGGGGCAGUUUUACUCUGUUUUAUAGGGUCGCUAUGAGUCAGAAUCGACUCGACGGCAGUGGGUUUGGUUUUUUUGGGUUUAAGUAUAUAGAAAAUGACGUGACUUUAAUUACUAUAAAGUAUAAUGAGUUGUUGCUGUGAGUCAGAAUUGACUCUAUGGCAAUGGGCUAUGAUGACUUGAGGCUCAGUUUCACUCCAAAUGUAUUUUUAAUACUUACAGAUUCUAAGAUUACAUCAUAAAAGUCCAGGUUUCCAUGAUAUUAGGAGUACCUGAUGGAUUCGAACUGCCGACCUUUGACUAGCAACCGUAGUAGCCAUUAACCACUGCACCACCAGGGCUCCCAGUGUUAUAUAGGAAAGUAAGAUAUAAAGUAUCAACAAAUGCAGUUAUAAAUUUAGUUUUGCAUGUGUAAUUCUGUGCUCAGGGAAGAUCAGUAUCUAAAUAAAUUAUCGUUAAAAUAAUUAUUCUUAAAUUGCUAACCUCAGAGAGGUGAGUAGCUAUGUAUCAGUAGAAGGAAUAGCCAGUUCAAGAAAUGGUAGGGGUUUAACAGCCAUGAAUGUAUUUUAAUGGAUAUGAAUAUAACAAUAAUUAAAAUAUUUAACAGUUUUCUCUUUUGUGUGUUGUGUGUGUGUUUUAAUAUGCAUUAUGUUACAUGUUAUAUCUUUUUUAAUAUGUAUCGAUUUUUUUUUUUGAAAAAUGGAAAUAGCCAAUUUUGGGCUUAUUCCUUAUUUAGAAUUAAUAAGGUAUGGAUAAAAAUACAAUUUUUUGUAAUUGUACUUUAGGUGACAGUUUACAGCUCAAGUUAAUUUCUCAUACAAAAAUUUAUACAUGUAUUGUUAUGUGAUAUUACUUGCAGUGCCUACAAUGUGACAAUGCACCCCUCCUUUCCAUCCCGGGUUUCUUGUUUCCAUUGAACCAGUCCUGCCCUUUCCUUCCUUCUCAUCCUGCCUCCGCACAGGAGCCGCCCAUUUGGUCUCUUGUAUCUGGUUGAACUAAGAGGCACUCUUCAUGAGUAGUAUUUUAUGUUUUAUACUCCAGGCUACUCUUUGUCUGAAAACGGCUUCAGGAAUGAUUUUAGUUCUGGGUUAACAGAGCGUCCUUCAGUCACUGUCAGACCAGUAAGUCUGGUUUAUUUACGUGACUUUCAGUUCUGUUUCAUACUUUUCCCCCACUCCGUCUGGGAUACUCUGUUGUGUUCCUGGUCAGGGAAAAGUACAAAAUUUUUGAAAAAUAAUUUUUAUUUUUGGAAAACUUAAAAUUUUUAUUUGAAUCUAAAAAAUUUUAUAGU